AUGUCUGGAUCGGAGAGGAUAAAGGGCAUCCAAGUUCAUCGUCCUAUCAUAUACGGAUCACACGCUAGGUUAUUAACAGAUGAAGAGAAAGCAACGGCACCUCCAGGACAUACACAUCGAUGGACAGUCUUCCUGACUUCUGCAACUUCGACACCGCCCACUAAACUACCUUCAGGAGAAUUACAAAAAGAAAGUAUAGAUUACUUACCUGGAGGAGCAGAUGAUUUAUCUUAUUUGAUCAAAAAAGUUACUUUUAAAUUACAUGAAACUUAUACUAGUCCCAAUCGAGUGUUCGAUAAACCACCGUUCGCAGUGACCGAAACAGGAUGGGGAGAAUUCGUUGUCCAGAUUAGGAUACAAUUCAUAGCUGAAUCUUCAGAAAAACCACUAACUCUAAAUCAUCCUAUCAAAUUACAUCAUUGGGGCAUACCAGUAGAAGGGAUACCAGCUAACACCGAAACUGGAGCAGAAGCGGGGGCAAGAGGAGAGAGUACGGCACCUAAUUCAAAUGUAGCUACACCUGUCGCUGAAAACCAAUCGGAACCUGCUUCAUCGAUACCUCAAACUAGUGCUGAACAAGAUAAAACUGAUACCAAGAAAGAACAGAAAGGAGAAGUGAAAGAAGAGGAAAUAUCGACACCAAUACCCAAUCCAGAUGGUAAAGCAGAACCUGAUCUCCCCUCAAAUGAUCUGCAAUCUAAUACACAAGGGGAUCAAGUAGAAUCUACGCAAGAACUGGAUCAAGAACAGCAAGACCAUUCACAAAUAAUAGUUGAUUCUCAACGUCAUCCUGCAAUAUCAUCAAUAACAUCUAGUUUACCUGUGCAUUCAUGGCAAUAUGAUGAGUUGAUAUUUUCUGAUCCAUCCAAAAUAUUCUUAGAUAUCUUAAACGAGAAUCCUCCUACCCCAUUACCAAAUAAGAAUCGUAGACCAAGAAAUCAACGUGAGGAAUAUGAUUCGGAUAUGAAUACCAACAACAAAAAGAAGGGUAAUGGUAGUAAUAAGAAAAGUAGACAAAGUGUGCAAAGUGUACAAAAUUCAAGAGCUGGCACUGCAACCGAGUUCGGUACUCCUGCCCCAACAAAUACCAAUAAUGGAUUGACAAUUGCACAAUUUGGUAUUCCAGGUGAAAAUGGCUCAGCUGAUGUCCCGUUAGAGUUUUCUUUGGAUAUGGAGAAAGGGGAAUGGAAUACUUUGGCUGAUGCUAGGAAGAAAAUCGUGGAACAGAUGGAUAAAUGGAGAGAAAGAUUGAUUGCUCAAGAAAAGGAACUGAAUAGACUGAAGGACGAAGUUAAAGCUAUGUAG